GAGUCCAGUUGGCUAAUGAGGAACACCAGCGAAUAAUAAUUAUAAGUCGUCUCUUCUUUAAGCUUUUGUCACACAUCUGAAAUAGCUUUCUUUACCCUGAAACCAUGAAAGAAGAAAAAGCUUUGUCCUUUUUCUCUUUUCCACUUCUUUACUGAAACCAUGUCUUCCUCCAUUGCAACCACUGGGUUUGGUUCAUCUUGUCGUCUUCUGUCUUAAUUGGUUUCGGUAAGAGAAAAAAAGCUUCCUCUUGGAGGGUUUUCAAGAACUCAAACUUUUUAACAUCAUGACGUUGUUGUUCUGUUCUGCGGGAGAGAUCUGAAUUUUCCGGUUACUCUUCAGCUGAAUCUGGAGAUUAGGGCCUCUUCAUCUUCUUCGCUGACACGAGUCGACAUGUCUAUAACUCGUGAACUCACUUCAAAGAAGGCAGAGGAAUCCAAGGGUGGUGUGAAGUGGAUAAAAAAGCCUCUCUUCUUCAUGAUAAUGUGUUGCUUAACCACCUCUUUGGUGAUUGUUCUUUUGAUGUCCUCGGGGAAGGAGGAGGAGACCGGUUCUUGUAAUGGGGAAGCUAGAGUGUUGUACAGACAUCAAAACGUCACUAGGAGUGAGAUUCAUGACUUGGUCUCUUUGUUCUCUGAUUCAGAUCAGGUAACAUCCUUCGAAUGUCGAAAAGAAUCCAUCCCUGGAAUGUGGGCAAACUAUGGUAUUACAUGUUCUCUGAAUAUGCGUUUGGAGAAAGAGGAGACUCAAUGCGGCCAUGACAAUUCAAAGAGCUUAAUUCCCUGGAAUCUUAUUAAUCCAUCAGGCUUACAACAGAGUUUACUGCACCCCGAAAACCACAGAGAAGGGCUGGAUUGGGAUUUGCCAUCUUAUUUAAGAAAUACAUGGUGGUGCCUUAUCUUUGGUCUACUCGUGUGCCAUAAGAUUUUUGUUUCUCAUUCUAAACCACCGAAUGAGAUAGAAGGAAAAACAAAUCUGCAAGAUUCUUUAGCUCAAAAGCAGCAGCAGCGAGCUUGUAGAGGGGCUGGGAAAUGGAGGAAGAACAUCCUUCUCCUCGGUGUCAUCGCAGGAGUUUCCAUGUCGGUUUGGUGGUUCUGGGACUCCAAUCAGAAGAUCAUACUGCAACGGAGGGAAACUUUAGAAAACAUGUGUGAUGAGCGAGCCCGUGUGUUACAAGAUCAGUUCAAUGUUAGCCUGAACCAUGUUCACGCCUUAUCUAUUCUUGUAUCCACCUUUCACCAUGGUAAAACCCCUUCUGCCAUUGAUCAGAAAACAUUUGGUGAAUAUACUGAGAGAACAAACUUCGAGAGGCCCCUUACCAGUGGUGUUGCGUAUGCUUUGAAAGUCCCACACUCCAAAAGAGAGCAAUUUGAGAAGGAUCAUGGGUGGACAAUAAAGAAAAUGGAAACUGAGGACCAGACACUUGUCCAAGAUUGUGUUCCUGAAAAUUUUGAUCCAGCACCUAUUCAAGACGAGUACGCUCCAGUCAUAUUUGCUCAAGAAACUGUUUCCCAUAUUGUAUCGGUCGACAUGAUGUCUGGACAAGAAGACCGUGAAAACAUCUUGAGGGCAAGGGCAUCAGGAAAGGGUGUAUUAACAUCUCCGUUUAAGCUUCUGAAGUCAAAUCAUCUCGGCGUUGUCUUGACCUUUGCUGUCUAUGACACGGACCUACCCGCUGAUGCUACAGAAGAACAGCGUGUUGAAGCAACUAUUGGAUACCUUGGUGCAUCAUAUGAUAUGCCAUCGCUGGUGGAGAAACUUCUUCACCAACUUGCCAGCAAACAGACAAUUGUGGUGGAUGUUUAUGAUACAAGUAACGCCUCGGGUCUAAUUAAAAUGUACGGAACUGAAAUUGGGGAUACAAGUGAAGAGUACAUAAGUAGCCUUGAUUUUGGUGAUCCAUCCAGAAAACAUGAGAUGCGCUGCAGGUUUAAAGAUAAACUUCCCAUCCCUUGGACAGCGAUAAUACCGUCAGGCUUAGUUCUGAUUAUUACUUUUCUGGUUGGUUAUAUCUUCCAUGAUGCCAUCAGUCGAAUUGCCAUAGUUGAAGAGGACUGUCAGAAGAUGAUGAAACUGAAAGCUCGCGCUGAGGCUGCUGACAUUGCCAAAUCACAGUUUCUGGCAACUGUUUCUCAUGAGAUACGGACUCCAAUGAAUGGUGUUCUAGGAAUGCUGAAAAUGCUUAUGGACACUGAUCUUGACGCGAAACAAAUGGACUAUGCACAAACUGCUCAUGGGAGUGGGAAGGAUCUUAUAUCACUAAUAAACGAGGUUCUUGAUCAGGCAAAGAUUGAAUCAGGAAGGCUUGAGCUUGAAAAUGUGCCUUUUGAUAUGCGCUUAGUUCUGGAUAAUGUUUCAUCUCUACUCUCUGGCAAGGCAAAUGAAAAAGGAAUUGAGUUGGCAGUUUAUGUUUCUAGUCAAGUUCCUGAAGUUGUAGUAGGUGAUCCGAGUCGGUUCAGGCAAAUAAUUACAAACCUGGUUGGAAACUCAAUCAAGUUCACACGGGAGAAGGGACACAUAUUUAUCUCGGUGCACCUUGCAGAAGAGGUGAGGGAGAGUGUUAAUAUCAAAGAUGCAGUACUAAGACAGAGGUUAGCUGUGGGAAGCAGUGCGUCCGGUGAGACAGUAAGCGGGUUUCCUGCUGUGAAUGCAUGGGGAAGCUGGGAGAGUUUCAAGACAAUUUACAGCACUGAGAAUCAUACUUGUGAUAGAAUCAUCAAAUUGCUAGUUACAGUGGAGGACACAGGGGUGGGCAUACCUUUGGAUGCACAAGGAAGAAUAUUCACUCCUUUUAUGCAAGCUGACAGCUCCACAUCUCGUACUUAUGGUGGGACCGGCAUAGGUUUGAGCAUAAGCAAGCGUUUGGUUGAACUAAUGCAAGGAGAAAUGGGGUUUGUGAGCAGGCCUGGGAUAGGGAGUACUUUUUCAUUUACGGGAGUUUUUGGGAAAGCAGAAACAACAAGUUCGUUUAAUACUAAGUUUGAUCUAGCUAUUCAGGAGUUCAAAGGACUGAGGGCAUUAGUUAUUGAUAGCAGAAACAUUCGAGCAGAGGUGACCAGAUACCAUCUGCAGAGAUUGGGAAUAUGUGCAGACAUUGUUUCAAGUCUGAGAACAGCAUGCACAUGUGUCAACAAAUUAGGAGGUUUGGCGAUGGUUCUAAUCGAUAAAGACGCGUGGAACAAGAAAGACUUUGAACUACUUGAUGGGUUGCUUAAUUGUAGCAAAGAAACCACCACAAGACCGACAAAGAUUUUACUUUUGGCAACCUCUGCAACUCUUGUAGAGCGCAGUGAGAUGAAGUCUUCUGGUCUGGUGGACGAGGUGGUAAUAAAGCCCCUUCGGAUGAGUGUCCUAAUAUGCUCUUUGCAAGAAACCCUGGUCAAUGGUAAGAAGAGGCAACCAAGCAGAAAGCGAACGAAUCUUGGACACUUACUGAGAGAAAAGAGGAUUCUGGUUGUGGACGAUAAUCUGGUGAACAGAAGAGUCGCUGAAGGCGCGCUUAAGAAAUAUGGAGCUAUCGUUACAUGCGUUGAGAGUGGGAAGGCUGCAUUGGCAAUGCUCAAGCCGCCUCACAACUUUGAUGCUUGCUUCAUGGACCUCCAGAUGCCUGAGAUGGACGGAUUUGAAGCAACGAGGAGAGUCCGUGAUCUAGAGAAGAAGAAAAUAGUUUCUGGUGAAAUGUACAGUAGCUGGCACGUUCCAAUAUUAGCAAUGACAGCUGAUGUGAUUCAGGCUACUAACGAAGAAUGCGUCAAAUGUGGGAUGGAUGGUUAUGUAUCGAAACCGUUUGAAGAAGAAGCUCUCUAUGCAGCUGUAGCAAAGUUCUUUGAAUCUGAUGGUUAAAAGACUAGAAAGCCAUUGUUGCCCCCCCUUGUAGGAUUUGUAUAUAUAUCAACCCGAGAGCUUUUUGAGGUCGGGUAGUAUUAUCUUAAACAUCAAUGGCCUGCAGUUCCAUUAUCCAUUCUUCUCCACAGGUGUCUUUCCCUUUAGAACCUCUUUUGGCAAAACCGCAACCUUUGUCUUUGUAUAGACACUAUAUCGUAUUUGAUCUCCGCCUGUGUGUAUUGCUCCAUUUUAACUGUCUCUACUUUUAACUGUAAAAAAAACAGCUUUUGCA